AUGGACGUGGACGUGGACGUGGACGUGGACGUGGACAUGGACAUGGACGUGGACGUGGACGUGGACAUGGACAUGGACGUGGACGUGGACGUGGACAUGGACGUGGACGUGGACGUGGACGUGGACGUGGACAUGGACGUGGACGUGGACGUGGACGUGGACAUGGACGUGGACGUGGACAUGGACGUGGACAUGGACGUGGACAUGGACGUGGACAUGGACGUGGACGUGGACAUGGACCUGGACAUGGACGUGGACGUAGACGUGGACGUGGACAUGGACGUGGACGUGGACGUGGACGUGGACAUGGACGUAGACAUGGACGUGGACGUGGACAUGGACGUGGACGUGGACGUGGACGUGGACAUGGACGUGGACGUGGACGUGGACGUGGACGUAGACAUGGACAUGGACGUGGACGUGGACGUGGAGAACUUGGACGUGGACAUGGACGUGGACGUGGACGUGGAUGUGGACGUGGAGAACUUGGACGUGGACAUGGACGUGAACGUGGACGUGGACGUGGACGUGGAGGACUUGGACGUGGACAUGGACGUGGGCGUGGACGUGGACAUGGACGUGGACGUGGACAUGGUUGUGGACGUGGACGAGGACGUGGACAUGGACGUCGACGUGGACAUGGACGUGGACGUAGACAUGGACGUGGACGUGGACGUGGACGUGGACGUGGACGUGGACAUGGAGGUGGACGUGGACGUGGACGUGGAGGUGGACAUGGACGUGGAGGUGGACGUGGACGUGGACGUGGACGUGGACGUGGACCUGGACGUGGACGUGGACGUGGACGUGGACGUGGAGGUGGACGUGGAGGUGGACAUGGACGUCGACGUGGACGUGGACGUGGACAUGGAUGUGGACAUGGACGUGGACGUGGACGUGGACGUGGACGUAGACGUGGACAUGGACGUGGACGUGGACGUGGACAUGGACGUGGACGUGGACGUGGACGUGGACGUCGACGUGGACGUGGACGUGGACGUGGACAUGGACGUGGACGUGGACGUGGACAUGGACGUGGUCGUGGACGUGGACAUGGACGUGGACGUUCCUACACAAGCAUAA